AACCCUUCCGUUUCCAUUUCUCUCUCUAAGCUUAAAUUGUUUGCACCAUUAUAUACACAUAUACACAUACAUUUUACAUAUACAUGCAAAGAAGCAGAAGUUAUACUUAGAGAUAAGGAAUUGAUAUGGCUUCGAAGGAUUCUAGAUCUGUUUACUCCCGAAAACAGAAAUCUCUCGGUCUCCUUUGCUCCAAUUUUUUGAGCUUAUAUGAUCGCGAAGGCGUUGAAACCAUAGGGCUUGAUGACGCAGCAAUGCGGUUAGGGGUUGAGAGACGGCGGAUCUAUGAUAUCGUGAACGUUCUGGAAAGCGUUGGUGUUCUUGCGAGAAGGGCUAAGAAUAGAUAUAUGUGGAAAGGGUUUGCAGUGGUUCCAAAUGUUCUCCAGGAGCUCAAGGAAGAAGGUCUAAAAGAGAGGAUUGGUGCAUCUGAUAGAAGUUUGUCACUGCAGGUGUCAGACGAUGAUGAUGAUGUGCAUCACUCAAACCCCAAUGCUUCAAAUCAGAAUGACAAAUCAGAAGCAACUUCUGUUCUUAGGCUAGCAGGGCCUGCUAGGACUGACAAUAGAAAGGAGAAAUCUUUGGGGCUUCUUACUCAGAAUUUUAUCAAACUUUUCCUCUGCACCAAUAUGGAAAUGAUUUGCCUGGAGGAUGCUGCAAAAAUCUUGCUGGGGGAUGGAAGGCCUCCAUCAAUGACAAAAAAUAAAGUUAGAAGGCUGUAUGAUAUUGCCAAUGUUCUGUCUUCAAUGAAAUUUAUUGAGAAGACUCAACACCCGGAAACAAGAAAACCUGCUUUUAGAUGGCUGGGGUUGGAAGGCAAAUCAGCUGACAUGUCAGAGAUUAAUUUGGAUUGUAAUCAAUCCAAGAAGAGGGUAUUUGGGAAUGAGCUCACAAACACACCUAUUAAGAGGUGCAAAUUGGUUCCCUUAAUGGAUGGUGAUUCAGCAGAGACAAAACUGCAAGCCCAAAUCAAAUGCGAGAGUCUGGACUGUGAGGCCAACAGAUCAAAUUUGGAUCCUGGUUCAAGAACAAGUGCAAAGGGUUAUCAGUUUGGUCCUUUUGCUCCUGUAAGUGUGCCCAAAGAUGAAGCCCAUGAAAGUGGUCACAGAUCCAAACUACUUAGUGAUUGUGAAAGUUUAGCAUCUACUUAUCGCCCUCAGUAUCACAACCAAGCAUUAAGAGAGCUGUUUCAUCAUUACGUGGAAGCAUGUAGUUCAUGGUAUUCAGAAGUUGCAGGGAAGAAUCCAGUUGAAGUGCAAUCCUAAUGCAAACAACCAUUUAAAAAAAAAUUCGGUGUAUUGUGAGAUAACAACAACCUUAGCAAACAUGUGGUGGCCUGAUAUUGAUGCAAAUUCUUGUUGCAUCAAACUUGUUGAGUCUUUAUAGGAAUUGACAUGUGAUUUUCAGUUUUAUGAGUUUUAUUCAAUUACCAAUAAACAUUACCCCUUUUAGUAUAUUAAAGGAUCGCGGUUUAAUA